CUACAACAGACUGGUGAGUUGGUAACUAACGACUAGCCAAAAUUUAGCUUUUACCGUCUCACCGCUGGUUCGCUGGUUCUUUUCGUCGGCCGGUACGAUCCUCUGCCGGAAUCCGGAAGCGACUCGCAGGAAAUUUCUCUGAGGGGAGCAACUCAGUGUUGUUUCUGAUCCAGGUCGGUGAAGCAAAAAGAAACAAAAAAUUGGUGGAGUUCUGACGGUGAGGAUUGGGGGUAAUCUGGUCGGAGAAGGUGAGUCUCCGAUCAGAAGAAAUGAUAACUCGUUCCAAGCUCGUGGAGCAGCUCUUUGAAGAUUAUCGGAUCCGAGCCCGGCACCGGUGUCCCGCGCUCACCAUUUUCUCCCCGAAGCCGCAUCUCGUUUCCUGGGCUGAUGUUGCCGUGGCACUCGUUUGGGCACUGGUCUUCAGCAUGCUUGUAAUCUUGUCAUGUUUAGCCAUUCAUUUCCGGCACUUCUGGGUUUCAGCCAUUGAAAUCUGUCUUGCGACGUUGCUUCUUUUACGCCUCCAAAGUUCAAGGCAAGCACUAGCCAAAAAGAGGGACAGAGGGCUUCCUUUGUCGAUGUAA